CGGUCUGGAACUUCUCAGACGGCUCUGGACAGCUCCAAGUGCCACCAGACCGAGCCUGCGGGCUCCUCCGCCCGCCCCCUCCAACCAGCAACCCGGGGAGCCGCGGGCGCCCUCCGCGCCCCAGCCCGUGCGCCCUCUCGUCCCGGCUCCGGGCUCUCCGCCGCAGGGCCGUUACCUGCCCCGGGGGUGGCGGCGCGCCCUCCGCAGAAACACGCGGGAAACCCGGGGGCCGCCGGCGGAAGGAUGCAGCACCGUGGCUUCCUCCUCCUCGCCCUUUUCGCGCUGCUGGCGCUCACCUCCGCGGUGGCCAAAAAGAAAGAUAAAGUGAAGAAGGGCGUCCCAGGGAGCGAGUGCGCAGAGUGGACCUGGGGACCCUGCACCCCCAGCAGCAAGGACUGCGGCGUGGGUUUGCGCGAGGGCACCUGCGGGGCCCAGACCCAGAGCAUCCGGUGCAGGGUGCCUUGCAACUGGAAGAAGGAGUUUGGAGCCGACUGCAAAUACAAGUUUGAGAGCUGGGGGGCGUGUGAUGGGGGCACAGGCACCAAAGCCCGCCAAGGCACCUUGAAGAAGGCCCGGUACAAUGCCCAGUGCCAGGAGACCAUCCGCGUGACCAAGCCCUGUACUCCCAAGACCAAAGCCAAGGCCAAAGGUGCUGAGGAUCGAACCCAGCGCCCCGCGCAUGCCAGGCGCCGCGUGACUUGGAAGUUUUUUGAUCCUGGUGAAAAUAUAAAGUUGAGGGAGUAGGGAACAUCUGGCAUCAUAAUGGCUGCCCUGUCCCACCUACUUCCAGCCAAGAAAGGGAAAGGAAAAGACUGAGGCCAGGUCGGGAUGCCAAGGAGCCCCUGGCCUUACCCAGGGCCAGGCCUGCACCCUUCCUGCACCCUCAGGCCCAGGAUGUAACCUGCCAGUGCCUUUGUCUGCUUAUUAGCUUUAUCAAUCAUGCCCUGCUUUUGUCUUUUACUCCCCACCCGACUCCAAGUGCCCCAAGUGGGGAGGGACAAGAUUCUGGGAAGCUUGAGCCUCUCCCCAAAGGGAUUUGAUUCCCAAUACCCGCUUUGUUCUUCCCCACCACGAUACCUGUUACUGAGAAAUAAAUAAAAUGAAUCGACUUUUUU